AUGUCAGAUUGGGUCGGUGAUGAUGGUCUAGAGUCUCGGUUUCAUGAAGCUUUUACAACUUUGCAACCAGCCGGUGGCUAUUCUCAUGACCAGUCGCUAUUGUACACGUCAAUCAGGUUCACCAUGGUGGUCCUACCCAAAACCAUCCUCCAUCUUCUUUCCAAGAACUUUGAAAUCAACUUGCAGUUAUCGUCGAUGUUGUCGGUGACAGCCCUCGUUGCCCUUGGUGCGGUGCUAGUGAUUCGGUACAAGUACCUCACGGGGUAUUCCAAGGAUUUAACAAGGCAAGGAAUCACGCGAGACAAUAUGCCAACACAAGCAAACACGCAGUACCAAAAGGCAAACUCGUCCAACCUACUCGUGGAAAAGCCUCAGGAUGCCAAGCCUACAAACUACCUCGACGAGUUCCUCAUGGCGAUUAAGGUGUUUGGCUACUUGGACAAGGCGGUGUUUCAUGAGCUCACGAAAAGCAUGGUGACGCAGAAGCUCUCCCGCGAUGAAAUCAUGUGUCUAGAUGAAAAGCUCGGGUUUCUGAUUGUGGUGGAGGGCACAGCACAGGUAUUUACCAAAGUGACAAAGAACAGCACGGAAAAAUUGAAUGGGGAUGACGAUGACGAUGACGAUGACGAUGACGAUGACGAUGACAACAACAACAAGAACAACAACAAUAGUAAUAAUAGUAAUAGCAAUGCCAUGCUAAAUUCAGAAUUUGAAGAAAAUGACGAUUUCUUUAGAUUAGGCGAACAAAACUACCAGUUAUUGAACGAAGUCAAGAGUGGUGCCCCCUUGAGUUCCCUAAUUUCAACUUUAGACUUGUUCAAACCUGCUCGGAUGGACGCCGUGAUGACGCCACUUGCACUAGAUGACAGCACAAUGUCUCUCAAUUUGGACUACUUGGAUAACAAAGCCGGACUGCGGUUGAGAAGCGGCUUCAAUGAACAAGAAUCAGAGAGUGAACAGUACCCGGAGAUUAUUGUACGGCCAAAGAUCAAGAAGCACAGCGACGCCAUCACCAUUGCCAUUAUCCCGCACUCGGCGUUUGAACGCGUCCAGAUAAAGUAUCCAAAGUCAACCUCGCAUAUAGUGACCAUGGUGUUGACAAGAAUGUACAAGGUCACCAUGAGCACGAUCCACAACUACCUCGGGUUGACGGGAGAGAUAUUCAAGCUGGAGAUUGAGUUGAACAAAUCCAACGAUGUGGGAUUGCCGCGGUAUCUCGUCGACGGCUUGAUUGAGAGGUUACAGCAGGGCAACGAGAGCUCAAAGAAAAACGCUAGACAGCCGAGACGAAGCCCACUCGAACGUACAGCAUCGCGCUACGUCUUGUUGAACUCGAGAGUCAAGAGCAACAAUCCCGGUGAUUUAUUAUCCUCGGUGCCCAUUUCGCGCGAUGACCCCAAAUUAAGAGUCAACAAAUCGUCUGCAUCGAUAUUGAACGACGACAAUCGUAUCAAUUUCACCGACAAUAUCGAAGAAACCGAGGAAAACUCGUUGCGAAUUGCCAUUGUGGAGAAUAUCUUCAAGAUUGUCGGUAUAAACGAGUCGAGCAAUUUGUUCCACCUGGAGCCGGCUCAUUUCCAAAGUUUAAACUCAUCAAAUAGCUCGAUUGCAGGGUUGAGCAAUGGAUCAAUAAAAAGUCCCGCAUUCAGCGGCGGAUACCAUAACGUGUUCAAAUACAACCCCAACGAGUCCCUCAUGAACACCAUCAAUGUCCUGCAGUUGAAAACCCGCAGAACAACGUCGCAACACAACUUGCCCACCACGCUGAAGCCACAGCAGAAAAAGCGCAACCCAAUAAGCGAAAUGAAUGUCAAGGAUGCGUUUUCAAAAGCGAUGGAGCUCAAGUAUAUCGAGCCCGAUACCACGGUCGUGCAGCAGGACUCGGUGUUUUGCGGCUUGUAUUACGUCAUUAGUGGAUCGUUGGAAGUUCAUUACAAGCAGCCGGAAACUUAUGCAAAAACCACGUCUUCAAAAUACGUAUACACCGUGAGUCCAGGUGGUAUUGCAGGCUACUUGUCCUGUGUCGUUGGGUUUAGAUCCUUGGUUUCGAUCAAGACGCCCAAGAAAUCCAGCGCCGUGGUGGCGUACAUAGCCAAGAAUGACUACAACCACCUUCUCGACAAGUUUUACUUCUUGCAGCUCCCCGUCGCGGUAAAGUUCAAGAGCCUCUUGUCAAAACAGAUCUUGACUAUAGACUAUGCGCUCGAGUGGUGCCACAUCCCCGCGGGUAAUGUUCUUUGCAAACAAGGCGACUUGGCCAACGGAUUCCACGUGGUGCUAAGUGGUAGAUUCCGAGUGGUGAGACAGAGCAAGCAAAAGGACUCGAACAAGAAAGACGUUGAAGUGUUGGGCGAGUACGGACACGGAGAAUCAAUCGGCGAAGUUGAAGUGUUGACGGCGUCGAGAAGAUCCAACUCCUUGAUCGCCGUGCGGGACUCGGAAACUGCCCGGAUCCCGAGAACGCUAUUUGAAAUAUUAUCGUUCCAAAAUCCGUCCAUUAUGGUCAAAGUGUCGCGGUUAGUCGCUGCAAAAGUGCUAUCAUCUGAAAAAUCCAUUGGCCAAAUGUCGCAUAACUUCAUCACUUCUACAAGCAGCGCCAGCUUUGUCUCGGCGGAUUACAAAACCAUCACUAUCCUCCCCACAGUCUCGGGGCUCCCCGUGCGUGACUUUGCUGACAAGUUGGUGCAUGCGUUGAAAGCUAUUGGCCGCAACGUGAUGGCGCUAGACCAGGCUCUGACGUUGACCCAUUUGGGCAGGCACGCAUUCGACGAAAGCCUCGUGCGGUUGAAGCUAUCGGGUUAUUUUGCCUACUUGGAAGAAGAAUACGAGACCAUCGUGUAUGUAUGCGACUCUCCGGUUCAAUCAAACUGGACGUCCACAUGUAUAACCCAGGGUGACUGCAUUUUGCUCCUUGCUGACGCAGAAGACCAAGCCACUGCUACUUCGAUUGGCGAGUACGAGCAGCUCUUGAUCAAGAUGAAAACGACGGCGAGAACAGACUUGUGUUUGAUCCACCAGGACAAAUACGUUGUAUCCGGCUCGACAAGCCAAUGGCUCAAGAACCGUUUAUGGGUACGAGGACACCAUCAUAUUCAAAUGUACAUUGAACGCAACAACGAAACCAUUGGAUCGAGCAAAAAAUCGUUUAUCAACGAAAUGGCAGCCAAGUUUGUCCAUUCCAACUCGAUCAUCUCCAAAUUUGAAGAAGCAAGAAAUAUGGCCAUGAGCUGGAAACGCGACGAGCAGCUGAAGGAUCUCUCGAUCCAGCCACACAAGAACGAUUUCUUGCGCCUUGCGAGAAUCCUAUCGAAUGAAGCCGUGGGCUUGGUUUUGGGCGGCGGCGGUUCACGAGGCAUAUCCCACGUUGGUGUAGUCACGGCCUUGGAAAGACACGGAAUACCCGUCGACAUGAUAGGCGGGACAUCCAUUGGUUCCUUUGUUGGUGGGUUAUACGCCAAGGAUUACAACAUUGUCUCCAUCUACGGCCGAGCCAAAAAGUUUUCCCGACGCGUUGCUUCCGUCUGGCGGAUGCUAUUUGACUUGACUUACCCAGUCACGUCAUACAUCACCGGUUACGAAUUCAAUCGCGGUAUAUGGAAAGUGUUUGGAUUCACCGAAAUUGAGGAUUUUUGGAUCGAGUAUUUUUGCAACUCGACCAACAUUACAAAUUCGACAAUGGACAUUCACGAGCGUGGCUACGCCUGGAGGUUUAUUCGAGCUUCCAUGUCGCUCGCCGGGUUGCUACCACCCAUUGCAUUCAAAGGCUGCAUGUUGUUAGAUGGCGGAUACCUCGAUAAUUUGCCCGUGAUGGAAAUGAAACGACGUGGAGCAAAGCAUAUUUUCGCAGUCGACGUAGGUUCAGUUGAUGACCGCACGCCCCAGAACUACGGAGACACCUUGAGUGGGUUCUGGGUGGUGUUCAACAAAUGGAACCCGUUUUCAAAACACCCCAAUGUCCCCAACAUGAUGGACAUCCAGCUCAGGCUAGCCUAUGUCGCCAGUGUCAAUGCCUUGGAAGAGGCCAAACGUAUCCCUGGCGUGUACUACUUGCGUCCUCCAAUCGACAACUACGCCACCUUGGAUUUUGGCAAGUUCGACGAGAUUUACCAAGUUGGUUUGGGUUACGCCGAUAAAUUGUUCACCAAAUGGGAAAACAAUAAGCAACUACCUGCCAUUGCCGGCUUUGUCGAAAGGGACAGCAAUAACAACGGAGAGAGGAAAAUAUUGUACCGAAGAAACACAAUGUAA